UUUUUAAAAUAUGUAAUUUAUUGGAAACAAUUUUUAAAUAAUAAAUGACAAUUCAAAAAAGACUCUGAAAUAGUGUAUAUUUUGGUGCGAAUUUUAAUCAAUUGUGGUUUCAAUAGUUUUUAAAACAUGCAGUCACAGCUUUCCAAAAGAAUUAUUGAAAAGAUCGUGAUUUUAUGCUGUUUCUUGAAGCUAAUAAUUGCUGGUGUUCUUCAACAAAGAUUUCCUUGCGCGCCAAUCGAUGCGAUCGCUGCCAAUGGUGCCGCGGUACCCGUAACUUGUGCUCUUAAAUCAAUUGGAGGCAAAGUGGAGCCUGUGUUUCCGACUUACGUGAAAGUUUCCUCUCCUAUUUCGUACAGAUUAUUACCGAAGACGUCGUCGUUGGUGUACGUUGCUCCACCGAUUAUUAAAACGGCCUCCGCCGUUGUCGCGACUGACACGAAAAACGAAAAAGAAGCGGAAUACAUGGCCUAUCCAAGAUACUCGUUCAACUAUGGUGUUCUUGAUGGAUACACCGGUGAUUCGAAAUCGGCAUGGGAGGAAAGGGAUGGUGACACGGUGAAGGGCGAAUAUUCCGUGGUCGAGGCGGAUGGAUCAAUUCGGACGGUAACGUACACGGCUGACGAUCAUAAUGGUUUCAACGCGGUUGUAACCAGGAACGAACCUCCGAAAAAUGUGGUGAAACAAGAUGGUAAUUUGAAAGCAUUUUUACCAGUGACUAUUGUUCCCAAUCCUCGUUAAAGAUAAAAACUUAUUUAUCCUAUAUAAAGAUUGUAUUUCUAAAAGAAUGCGUAUGGAUAAAUGGAACUUUUCAAUUUUAUUGUAAAAAAGAAAAAAAAAUAGAAUGUUUUCUAAAAAAUA